AUGAAGAAUGUGGUAGUAACGACUUAUACGGAACGACAAGCCCCCAAUAUCCUCGCCAUACAACAAGAAGGUGCAAUUAUCGUACAAGAAAAUCAGGAUGCUAUCAUGGCAAGCGCAUUGGCAGCAAACGAACAACAGACCCAGGAGUCGAUUGGAGCAACAUUGGCAGCACAACAACAACAGCAGCAGCAAGGUGGUGGUCCUCUCCAAAACAACACUGGCCAACCCAACGGCAACGGAGCUGCGCCAGCAAAUCAAGGACAAGGCCAGGGCCAGUAG